GUUUUGCUUCCUACUCUUUUGCGGAGAGAUUAGCAAUCAAUCAUGGCCGAACCCUCCUCUGCGACAGAGUCCACCAAGACCCUCCUUGACAAACCAUCCGCUCAGGAAGACAUGGACCUCGUGACCCCAGGUCCCGCCGCCGCUCAAGAAGACAUGGACCUCGUGACCCCAGGUCCCGCCGCCCAAGAAUCCAACGGCGGCGAUGCAAACACGAAGCUCGCGAGGGACGAGGAAGGAGGGACUGAGGGCAAGGAGGAGGAGGAGGAGGAGACUGUGAAGAAGCAGAAGGUUGAGAAGUCCUCUGAGGAAGAUCGACUGGAGAAACUGAAAGGAGAGGAAGAUAAACAGAAAGACGGGGAUUCGAGCCAGGUCAGCUUAGGUCCCAAGUGUUUCGGGUCAUCUGUGGAGAUGUUCGAUUACUUCUACAAGUUCCUCCAUUACUGGACGCCCAAUGUCAAUGUCAAUAAGUAUGAGCACAUGAUGCUACUAGAAUUGCUUAAGAAGGGGCAUCCAGAACCAGAGAAGAAGAUUGGUUGUGGGAUCCUUGCCUUCCAAGUGCGAUACCAUCCCCAGUAUAGAAGCCGCUGCUUCUUUCUCGUAAGAAAUGAUGAAUCAGUUGAUGAUUUCAGCUUCAGGAAGUGCGUGGAUCGCAUAGAUCCCUUGCCAGAAAACAUGCAAAUAAAAUCUGGCGGUGGCAAGCGAGGACGCGGCGGCGGAAGAGGAGGAGGAUGGGCUAAGUCGAGAAAGUGAGAGAUGGUAUGAGCCUGGGGGGUGUGCACUUGUGGGUGUUGAAGAAUAAACGAGACCAGCAGGUGUCGAUGUUCUACCUAACCUACCUUACAUCAUUUUUAUGCCUUUCAAAAUUUUGAAUAGUAAUUAUGAUAUUGUGGGUAUUUUUGUUGUUUAUUUUUUAUUUUUUAUUGCUAGGGAUGUUGGUUAUUUGUUACUUGGAGAGAAGUUAAUGUGACAAGACAGUCUUUGUGUUACAAAGGGUGGUUCUUCAGCCUCUACAGCAUUUGAUAGUAUUUCAUGCGACUAUGACUGUUGUUACACACACAUAUAUAAUGUCACAGGCUUGGACUUUUUGGUGCAA